GGCGGGGUGGCUGAUUGCCGCUGUCUUCCUGCUCUUCCUUCUAGCCGAGGCCGUGACCCCGAAAGGGAGGAGGCAGAGGAACGGGGUUAGGGGGAAGAGACGGACAUGGUUGAAAACUCUCCAGCCCCACUGCCGGAAAGGGCAAUAUAUGGAUUUGCUCUUUUUUUAGGAUCGUGGUUUGGCUUCAUGUUGUACCUCAUCUGGGCUUAUGUUCCUGAGACUUGGCUGUUCUCAUUGGGACUAACAUACUGGCCUCAAAAAUACUGGGCAGUUGCUUUGCCAGUGUAUCUACUGGUUGCUAUAGGAAUUGGUUAUAUAUUACUUUUUGGUAUUAACAUGAUGAGUACAGCUCCACUUAACUCCACACAUACCAUUACAGAUAACUAUGCAAAAAAGCAACAGUGGAAGAAAUUCCAGGAAGAAGCAAUUCCAGCACUGAGGGAUAUUCCCAUCAGUGAAGUAAACAGAAUGUUUUUCCUUUCUGAAAAAGGAAUCUGCAAUAGCAGAUAGUCAUUAAGAUCUGUUUUAAUAAAGGAUUAGUACAAGUGUUACAUAAGACAAAUCAAAACCUCUCCAAGCUAAAAGUAACCCAGUCUCUUUCUACUUGCAGAAAAAAGUUGGGGGUUUUUUGGGUUUUUGGGGUUUUGUUUGGGUUUUCGGGGUUUUUUUCCCUGAAUCUAACUAAGUUUAUGUUAACGUAUUUCCUUGAGAUGGCUUGAUUUUAUUAUACAUGCACCUUAAUAACAUGCACUGGUAUGAGAAUUAUGCCACAUUAAUUUAUCUAACCAUUCUUGUGAGUUUAAAAUGUUGUUCUAUUGCGUGCAGAUUUCUGCUUGUAAUUUCCCUCCAAGAAUGAAAGAAAUAGCUUUCAGACAUAGCUUAAUUCUGUUUCUCUUUGAAUUCAGGGAGGGAAAAUGUGUUCCACUGGUCAAAUGGAAGUUAUGUUAAUUUGAAGUGUUUACAUUGUAAAUACCCAGUUCUUAUCUGUAAAUAUUAAUAAAAUGUAGCUAACUUUUACUUGUUAAAGGUA